GGAAACCUUAUAAAUUUUAUAAAUGAAACUAGUUUUGAAAUCAUUUUAUCACAGUAAUUAAAGCUACUUUCACAUUGGAGUAACUGACAUAUGGAGUUACAAAUGGAAAACACAUCAAUUAUUUGCAUGGAAUUACUUACAAAUAAUAUAACUUCAUAUUUAAGUGGUAAUUCUAACAAAAAUAUAUCAAUUGUUAAGAUAAACAAUGAAAAUUUAGCAAUAAAUGGUGAAUUAUAUUUUUUACUUAGCCUUAAAAUAUGGAGAAAUGUAUUGAAAGAUACAGAUAAGUGUGAUGGAAAGUGUACAACAAUUUUACAACAUUUUUUACAUAUUAGGGAUGGAGGCACAAAUAAUAAUACUGAUACAGAUAUUUCAAAUCAGGUUUUACAAUUAUUAAUAUCAUCUAGCAAUAUUUGGUCUAUAAAAUUACAAAAAUAUCUUUUAGAAAAAGAACGAGUCUGUUUGUUUUUACAACGUACUCCCCUUAUAGAAAAUGCAAUCAAAGCAGUUAUAACAGCUAAACAUAAUUUUGGAAAAACUGUUUCAAUUAAUAAGAUAUUUAGUUUAAAAUCGCUUCAAGAUAAUGAAUCAGAACUUACAACUAAAAGAUUACAUUUAAUACAAUGUGUCACCGAAAAGAUUUUAAAUCUACAUGGCUUUAAAAUAGCAGAUGAAAAUUCUGAUUAUAAAUUUGUAUUUACCUCUAAAUCGCAAGGAAAUGUAAAAGAAAAUUAUAAGCGAUAUAUAUGUGGUGUUGUGAAAAAUAUUGAAACAAAUUGUAAAGAGAUAAAACUAACGUAUCAAGAAUAUGUUAAGAAUAAAAUCAAAGAAUUAAAAACAUCAAAUGAACACAAAUAUUUUGAAGCACAAGAAUACAAUACAGAAACAGAAAACAAUUUUUUUGAAGAUCUUGCAAAAGCAACAAGUACAUUUGAAUUACUAUCUGUAAAACCAAGUCGUCCUGUUUUUAUUGGAUGCAAUUUUGCAACUGAUAAAAAUACCACAAAUACAAAAGGUGCAUGUUUUAUAUUGUAUAAUAUAGCAAGAAUAAUAGCCAUUAUUGAAAAGUAUAAUCAUAAAAGAUUAAAAGGAGAAUAUCCUAAUUUACCACACAUGAAUGAUAUAGAUUUUUCUUUAUUAAAACAAGAGGAAGAAUGGGAACUUAUAUAUAAUUUUAUUAUUGGAUAUCAGCAAAUGUUAAAAGAUUGUUUAAAAUAUGAUCCUAUAUUCCAAGUAAAUCCACAGGUUAUUUGCAUAUUUUUGGCAAAAUUAUGUCAAAAAUUUAGUGUCUACUAUCGUAGAAUUCGAAUUUUAACUGAAGCAUAUGAUCAUUUGAUUCCAACAAUGAGUGCAAGAUUAUAUAUGCUACAUGCAUUGCAAAUUGUACUUCAAAAUGCACUUGCUUUAAUUGAUAUUAUUCCUGUAUCUCGCAUGUAAUUUUUUAUAUUAUAAAAUUACAAAUUUUCUUAUAUUUAUAUAAAUAGUAAAAUGAUGUAUUCAAAAAAGGAAUGUAAGAAAGAUACAUAUAGAAUAAAAAAU